AUGGCAAGCUAUCACAUGAAUAUAGAGCAAAUAUCAAAUCUACUAAAUGAAGAUGAAGAGGAGCCAUUUGAUGAAAGUGACUAUGAGUUGGGCUUCGGAGAACAUUUACCUGAACAACAAAAUCAUAAUUCUGACUCUAAGCAGAGUGGAACCAACUCAGAAGAUGAAGAGCAGGGUCAUCUUCAUUUUCUGAAUUGGUUUCACUAUUCUCAGAGUGAAACCAACAACCAAGAACAAGCAAACCAAAUGGUCCAAAAAUUCUUCAAGCCAAUGAAUAAGACAAAGAGCUCACAAGAUUAUUUUGCAUUCGCGAGGUCUAAUGAUAGGAAAAUAAAAACCAAAUGUGGUAAAUGUAACAAAUUCAUGUGUAAUGAGCACCUUACAAAAGUU